CUCAGUGUAGUGUUGGCUGCUGCCGCUGCCAGUCACGUGGGAAGGGGUUUGUUGUAAUAGUGGUUGUAUGUAGUAAUAAAAAAAAUUAAAAAAAAUCAUUUUAUUCUAUAUGAUGGAGGUUUCGGAAUCCAACUCCAUGGAGCAUCUGGUCAAGGAGUUAAACGUGCUUCUGAAGCUGCUGGAGCACGAACAUGUAAGUUCAGCCACCGCAGAGAAGAUGAGUGUUGUCAGGAACCUCCUGGGACAGUUAAAACCAUCAGCGUACGUCGAUAGAGUGACCGGAAGCGACUUCAUAUACAUGAACACGUCCCUCUACGGAAACGGUACCAGCUUUGUCGAAUCCCUGUUCGAGGAAUUCGACUGUGACCUGAAGGAGCUAAGAGAUUCCCCUGAGGAGCUGAAAAAACAGGAAGAGGAAGAGACGUUGAAACACUUACCCACAAAAUCAAGCCCCACGGACACGCCACCUCCACUGCCCACUACUCCGCCUCCUGAGGAUUAUUAUGAGGAAGCAGUUCCACUGGAGCCAGACACCACGCCUCAGUACAUCACUACCCACACUAACUCUCUGACGUUGGUGUCUGCUGCAGGAAACCAAAGCCCAGUUGAGGACGAGGAUGCAUAUUAUGAAGACGCUGAUAAGAACUAUCCAUUAACUCGCAUUAAUGGGCCUUCCUACAAUGACUCGGAUGCUCUGAGUAGCUCUUAUGAAUCGUACGAUGAAGAGGAAGACGAGACGAAAAUCAGAGAGAGGACAACUCCCGUGGGCCCGGUAAAAGACUGCCGCAAAUUUGCCUUCUUGCUGCGUAAGAAACGCUUUGGCCAAUGGACGAAACAGUUGACCGUCCUCCGUGAGAACAGACUACAGUGUUUCAAGAACCCUAAGGACCGAACACCCCACACUGACCUGCCUCUGAAUCAGUGCAGUGUUGUGUAUGUGUGUAAAGAUGGAAAACGCAAGAGGCAUGAGCUUAAAUUCUCUAUUCCCGGAGGAGAGUCUUUGGUGUUAGCUGUACAGAGCAAGGAGCAAGCUGAGAGCUGGCUUAAGGCCAUACAGGAAGUUAAAACAGUGGCGAAUGGCACCACCGGACUGGAGAUUUCCUCAUCCCCCAUGAUUCAACGCAAGACAGAACUGGAGAAGAUGAUACACACUGAUAAACAUACCUCAGAUUCUGAUAGUGUUGCUAAUGGAGACUGUUCACGGGAGAGCGGAGAAAAUGGGAAGGGGAAAAGGGGGGCUUUCUCUGAACUGACCGGCUCCAUGAGUCGUGCUGCUGGCCGAAAAAUCAACCGUAUAAUCAGUUUUUCAAAGAAGAAGCCUCCUCUGCCUGGAGAUACCAGCAACCAGUCUCACACUGAUGACAACCCACGCUGUGGUUAUCUAAAUGUCCUGGUAAACCAGUGCUGGAAGGAGCGCUGGUGUUGUGUGAGGAGCGGCACUCUGUAUUUCCACAAAGACAGAUCAGACGUGCACACUCACGUUAAAGCUCUGGUCCUUCAUGGUAUCGAGGUCUUACCCGGUUUGGGGCCCAAGCACCCGUUCGCUUUCCGUAUAAUGCGAGAUGGCAGCGAAGUGGCCGCUCUGGAGGCGAGCUGUUCGGAAGAGAUGGGCCGCUGGCUUGGCGUGCUUUUGGCGGAAGCAGGAUGUGCUACGACCCCAGAGGCUCUGCACUAUGACUACGUGGAUGUGGACACAAUCAGCAGUAUCAAAUCAGCAGCUCGACAUUCUUUCCUCUGGGCCACUUCCUCCAGCAGUGCUUCCACAGACUCUCGCACCUACGAUGAAGUUCCUUAUGAGAGCGUGAUGGUAGAGGAGACUCAGCCCAAAUCAGGCACUCGGGUGAAGCGCUCUUCUUUCUCCAGCACUGACAGAACAAAGAGCAACUCCGAAGUCACAGUGAAAAGACACGGCUCUUCUGUGACUCAGUACGGUAAAUACGGGAAGACGAGAGCAGAAGAAGAUGCGCGGAGAUACCUGAACGAGAAAGAGCAGCUCGAGAAAGAGAAGGAAGAGAUCAGAAAAAGGCUGGUGUCGCUACGCAAAGAGAGAAAGGAGGUGAAAGAGCAGCUUAAGGAUGCCACAGGUGAACGGCAGAAAAAUUUGGAAAAGCAACUGGCUCAGCUUGAAGAGAGCUGCAGAGGGAAGGAGGCUGAGCGAGUGGAUCUGGAGCUGCGUCUCACUGAAGUGAAGGAGAAUCUGAAGAAGUCUGUGGCGAGUGGCGAGCUGGGGGCUCCUGCUGAGAGCAAACCUGCAAACAGGGUUCAUGCCAGAAGAGUUGAAACGACUUACGUUGAGGCCUCCUUACCUGUGAACUGUGCAGUUGAGAUGCGUAAACGUCCACCUUCCAUCUGUGCGUCCACCAGAGGAAAUGUCAUGCAGAAAGCCAAGGAAUGGGAAUCAAAGAAGGGGACUUGACUGGAUGUAAAGUCUGUAAGGACUGUUUGGUUGUUUGAAGAGACUUCAGUAAAGUGGACUGAUACGAGUCAGUGGAUUCCUGGGAUUCAGCAGCUGAUUGUGUAAAAUUUAUAUAUAUAUAUAUAUAUAUAUAUAUAUAUAUAUAUAUAUAUAUAUAUAUAUAUAUAUAUAUAUAUAUAUAUGCUCCAAAACUACUGAUCCACCUGUGGCCAGAGGCUUUCCUUCUCUGUUUCUUUUCUCUCUCACUAGGCAUAUUGGUUAACUGUUCAUUAUCAUUCAGCCAUACUGGCCACCUAAUUAGCAGUUCCCAUACAAAUUGAACCAGAAAUACAAUGAGCCUAUUGUCUUAUCUAUUAUCUGAUGAUACUUAAUAAUUAGUCACUAUGAUCUUAGGCAAAACAUCAUCUGAGACAGUAGAUAGUAAUAACACUCUCUUCUGAGCAGUGCCUAAAAACACAAAUUGUUCAUACACACACAGUACAAAGACAGAAAGCACAUCUGUUUAUUAUACUACUAAUAAUAAUAAUCAUUAAUUAUACAGGCAUAUAAAUUGCACAAGAGGAUUAGAAACUAAUAGACCCUUUUGGAGAAAACCAAUCAAAGAUGCUGAAAUGAAAAAAGAUUGUAUUUUCAAAGUGUAUUGUAGUUAUAAUUUUAUGGAAAAUACACCGAUCAGGUAUAACAUUAUGACCACUGCCAGGUGAAGAGAAUAAGACUGAUGAUCUCUUCAUCAUGGCACCUGUUAGUGGGUGGGAUAUAUUAGGCAGCAAGUCAACAUUUUGUCCUCAAAGUUGAUGUUAGAAGCAGGAAAAAUGGACAAGCGUAAGGAUUUGAGUGAGUUUGACGAAGGGAUGGCAAAUUGUGAUGGCUAGACCACUGGAUCAGAGCAUCUCCAAAACUGCAGCUCUUGUGGGGUGUUCCCGGUCUACAGUGGUCAGUAUCUAUCAAAAGUGCUCCAAGGAAGGAACAGUGGUGAACCGGGGACAGGAUCAUGAGCAGCCGAGGCUCAUUGAUGCACGUGGGGAGAGAAGGCUGGCCCGUGUGAUCCGAUCCAACAGACGAGCUACUGUUGCUCAAAUUGGUGAAGAAGUUAAUGCUGGUUCUGAUAGAAAGGGGUCAGAAUACACAGUGCAGGACGGGUCAGGUGCUCAUAAUGUUAUGCCUGGUCGGUGUAUAAGAAGGCUAAAAAAGGGAAAGAGAUUUUAUAAAAGCAGCAGCAGUGUGUUGUGUCUGUGUUUACAGCACUGAAUUUAUUAAAUCCCUCCACUGGGACUGGAAUAGAGUGUCAUGGCAUGCCUUUCUAUUAUACACAAACUCUGUAUCUAGUGAGUCAUUUUGAGAAGUCAUUUUGAGAAGUCUGCUUUCUUUCUUUUACACUAUGGCACUUAAUUGACGGUGUUUAUUUAUUUAUUUUUUAUCACUGUACAUAAAACCAUAUCCAUAAUCUCAAUGUUGAUAUAUGGGUCUGUGUCUUCAAGCAAAUAUGUAUAAAUGUUACAUUUUGAACAAAUAAAGAUGAGUUAUAUAGCUUCA